AUUGAAGCGCGAUUCAGCCACUGUCUUUGCACACGCACCUCGCUAAUCUUCGAUAAAUACAAUGGCUUUCGUCAAGGUCGUCAAGAACAAGGCUUACUUCAAGCGCUACCAGGUCCAGUUCCGUCGCCGCCGCCAGGGCAAGACCGACUACUAUGCCCGCAAGCGCCUGAUCACCCAGGACAAGAACAAGUACAACUCGCCCAAGUACCGCCUUGUUGUCCGCUUCUCCAACCGCGACAUUGUCGCCCAGAUCGCCUCUGCCAAGAUUGAGGGCGACGUCAUCCUCGCUGCUGCCUACGCUCACGAGCUCCCCCGCUAUGGCGUCAAGCUCGGCCUCACCAACUACGCUGCCGCGUACGCCACUGGCCUUCUGCUUGCCCGCCGUCUCCUCACCAAGGUCGGCCUCGCUGACGCCUACAAGGGCGUUGAGAAGGCUACCGGCGAGGAGUACCACGUCGAGGAGGAGGGCGAGAAGCGCCCCUUCCAGGCUUUCCUUGAUGUCGGUCUUGCCCGCACCUCCACUGGUGCCCGUCUUUUCGGUGUCCUCAAGGGCGCUGUCGAUGGUGGCCUGAACGUCCCCCACUCGACCCGCCGCUUCCCCGGCUACUCUGCCGAGUCGAGCACCUACAAGGCUGAGGCCCACCGUGACCGCAUCUUCGGCAAGCACGUCGCCGACUACAUGCGCACUCUCCAGAAGGAGGAUCCCGAGGCCUACAAGCGCCAGUUCUCCAAGUACAUUGCUGCGAAGAUUGGUGCCGACCAGGUUGAGGGUGUCUACAAGGCUGCCCACGCUGCCAUCCGUGCCGACCCCACCCACAAGUCCACCGCCAAGCCUGCCCCCGCUACCCGCAAGUCGUACCACCGCUCCAAGAUCACCCUUGCCCAGCGCAAGAACCAGACCAAGCAGCGCAUCGAGUCGAUUGCCAAGAAGGGCCACAAGACCGGCAAGGCAAAGGAGGCCGAGCCCGAGGCUGUUGCUCCCCAGGACGAGUAAAAUCGUUACAGUCCCUGUUCUUAAACGUGCCUUUGAGCAAUUUGCAUUGUAGCUCUUGUGAAACAACAUACAUAUUGUUAAAGGGUCUAUA